AUCAUCUUCGUGCCCAGCAAAAUCCCCUGUUUCCAGAUAAGAAAAACAGAGCAAUCUUGGAAUUUCCUCUUCCAAACAAUGGCAGGCCCAGUUGUGUUCAAUGAUGAAGUAUUGGAAGCCGGCCAAAAUAGAGCUCGCCUGAGCUUGAUCGGGAGGCUGUUGUGCUCGUCCCACCCAUCCAGAAAUCGCGUUCAACAUACCGCCAAUAAUCUGUGGGCAAAGAGAGCUCCAGUUACUGUCCUUGAUGCAGACCAUGGUCUAUUCCAAUUAGUCUUCUCAAACGCCACUGAUCGUCAAGAAGCACUGGGGAAAGCUCCCUGGUUCCUCCGCUCGAAGAUCCUCACCUUAAAAAAGUGGGAAACUCCUUCUGAGCAAGUUUUUCAAGAGCUUGCACGCGUCCCCUACCUCGUCCAACUCUGGAAUCUGCCUGAGGAAUACAGAACUGUUGCGCUAGGCAGGCUCCUUGCCUCUCAAUUGGGAACUGUCGUGGAUGCCGGGAUGUACGCGGUCUGGGAGAACCCAGGCUGUGUGUUCAAAGCAAGAGUGCUGAUCGACAUUUCAUCCCCCUUGCAACAUCGACUGGAAGCUAGGAAGAGGAACGCAGAUGGCUCGAUGGGUGAACCUUUCCGGGUGUCUCUCAAGUACGAAAAUAUCAAAACCAUUUGUUUCAGGUGCCGAAGAAUUGGGCACAACCAGAGCUUCUGUUCUUUUGAUUUGGCAACAGGCGAGGAUGGAUUCGGACCUGAGAUUAUUGGGAACAGAACAGGUCCAAAAUUGAAUGAGAAUUCUUAUGCGACAGCUCGGAAAGGUGGAAGAAAUUGGGGCGGGAAUGUGUGGCGCCAUGGAGCUCGUGCCACACCUUACUCCCGAUCCAAUACGAUGCUGAUUGAGGCACCUUCCCGGUUCGGCGGAGAAAACUUGGAUGGAAGGGGUCAGGGGACGCUGCCGCGGGACUUCCGACGGGAGAGGAAUAGCACAGGCAGAUCGCUGGGCCGCUUGGAGAAGGCGGAUGGGCUGGGAGCCUCCUCUGGGCCGGAAAACCUAUUGGGCCAGCCUUUGAUUGAGGCUGGUUGCAAUAAUAAAAUGGUAACUGUGCCCAAGGAUUCUGAAAAAGCCCAACUUGCACAACCCUUGGUGUUAGAGCCCACACCUCUCCAAGUACAAGCUCCAUCCCCAUCAUACGGGCUAGGUAACUUAUAUUGUAGUGAAGAUCCCAGAUUUUUAUUUGACGAUUUAGAGGAUACUCUCUUAUUUAGCAUGCAAGGAGAAGGGAUAGGCUUCUUUGAUAAUGAAGGAAUGGAUCAAUCUGCAGAUACAACCAUUUCAUGCUCUCCAAUAGGAUGCGUCACGGAUGGAAAGUCAAAGGGGAAAGCGAUAUUGAUAGAAUCGUCAGACUCCCCGAGAGUCUACAUUCGGAGAAAUAUAGGAGUCUGUAUCCAAGAGCCAGAAGAAGGAGUGGUCAAUUCUCUUCCAAGGAGUCCAGGCGAGAAUGACAAGGUUAAAGGGAAAAGGGUGGAGGUAGCCAACCCCAAUUGGCCCCAAAAUCCUAAAUGAAUGUCUACGCGUGGAAUUGUCAAGGGGUGGGGAGUACCUUGACAUUCCAAACGCUAAAAGCUCACCGAAAUUUGGCUAAGUCAUUUCUCUUUCUUUGUGAGACUAUGUCUCCUAGUGAUAAAGUAGAGUCUUUUAUGUCUCGAUUAGGUUUUUCUGAUUGUUUUCCUGUUAAUCCUUCCGGCUUGUCGGGGGGUCUAGUAUUCGGUUGGCCAAGAGGAGCUUCGGUUUCAGUCAUUGGCUCGACCCCUUUCUUUAUUGCCAUUUCGGUCAUCAAUAAUAACUCCUUUGUUAUGGUGCUUGUCCUCGGUUCGUACUAAUUGGUGUUUACCUCUCGUAUGUAAUCUCAAAACGACGAUCACAAUUAGAGGAUCUUCGAAGCUUUUGUGCUAGAUUGUCAGACCCUUUCCUAAUAAUUGGAGAUGUUAAUUGCUCACUGUCCCCAUUAGAGAAAUCAGGAGGGGCUCCGUGGCGAAUGGACAAAGCUCGUUCCCUUUGGCAUUUUCUCAAUUCCAUGGGGCUUUUAGAAGUAAGGUUUCAAGGACCCAAAUUUACAUGGACUAAUCGGGGUAGAAACGGUAUUUUAAUAGAACAACAGAUCGAUAAAGCCUUUGUUUCUACGAAUUGGUGGUAUACUUGGCCUAAUUCCUGCCUAUACCAUCUUUCUGAUAAAGGAUCUGAUCACAGACUCUUGUGUCUUAUGACAGUCCCAGAAAUGUCAAGAGCCAAAUGAUUAUUUCAUUUUUACAUAAGGUGGACCAGAAUACACGAAGCUAAACUCAUCAUUGACUAUGUCUGGAAUAAACCAAUAACUGGGUCCUUACAAUUUUGUUUGUUUUAUAAAUUACUCAGAGUCCGGCACGCGCUAGUAGAUUGGUGCAAAGGAGGAACAUCAAACUCAGGCAGAUUAAUAAAAGACCUCAAUCUAGCCCUUGAUAAUGCAAGAAAAAACAUAGUAGUUGAUUGGAAGCUAAUUCAAGAACUGGAAGAAAGACUAGAAUUCCAAUAUAGAAUGGAAGAAGUCUAUUGGAGACAAAAGUCUCGAGUUAACUGGCUAACGGAAGGCGAUCGCAACACGCCAUAUUUCCAUAUGAUAACAGCAAUUAGGCGGCAAGCCAACUUCAUUUGGGGAUUAGAGGAUUCUAGUGGUCUUUGGUGCACGGAUGGGGCUGAAAAACUGAACAUAGCAGUAGGAUUUUAUCAAUCCUUGUUUCAAACCCAACUCACUGAAGGCAUUGAUCUGUCUAACCUGCUGUUUGAUGGUCUAGUUUCUGAAGAACAAAAUCGGGCCCUCAUUCAUCCGAUAACAUCUGAAGAAAUCAAAGAAGUGAUCUUUGCUAUGGGGAAAACUCAAGCACCUGGUCCAGAUGGCUUUACAGCAGGGUUUUAUCAAGCUUAUUGGGAUAUAGUCGGUAAUGAAGUCACCCAAGCUGUCUUAGCUUUCUUUCAUUCUGGACACCUCCUUCGAUCUAUCAAUAGAACAUGGAUUUCCCUUGUCCCAAAAUCAGCGGAAGUUAGGUCCAUGAAAAAUCUCAGACCCAUUAGUCUAUGCCAAGUAAUCUAUAAGAUCAUAGCUAAGAUCCUGGCCAAUAGACUCAGUCGAGUCCUUCCAAGCAUAAUAUCUCAGACUCAAAAUGGUUUCAUAAAAGGACGUCAAAUCUCAGACAGUAUAUUAAUCAGUCAUGAGGUAACCCACCAUCUUCGGACGAUGACCACUGGGCGGAAAACUUGGAUGGCUUUAAAAUUGGAUAUGGAAAAUGCAUACGAUCGAGUGGAAUGGCCGUUCCUUUUCGAAAUAAUGAAGGAAUUGGGUUUUG